AUGCUGCUGCCGGUGCCGGUGCCGAUGGUGAUGCCGGUGCCGGCGGUGAUGCUGCUGCCGCUGCCGGGGAUGAAGGAGAUGUCGAUGCCGGUGCCGAUGCUGAUCACGGUGUCAGUGCCGGGCAAGGCCUUCAUCAGCAUCAACCUCAUCCUCUGCCUCAUCGUCUCCGUUGUGUCCAUCCUGCCCAAGAUCCAGGAGGCUCAGCCCCACUCGGGGCUGCUGCAGGCGUCCCUCAUCACGCUCUACACCAUCUACGUCACCUGGUCCGCCCUGGCCAACGUGCCAGCCCAGCGCUGUAACCCCACGCUGCUGCUGAGGAACGGCACGGGCUCGGCCGCGGCCAGCGAGCCGCUGACAACCUGGUGGGACGCGCCGAGCAUCGUGGGGCUGGUGAUCUUCAUCCUCUGCACCCUCUUCAUCAGCCUGCGCUCCUCGGACCACCCGCAGGUGAACAAGCUGAUGCUGACGGAGGAGAGCGGGGCCGGGGCCGGGGCCGGGCCGGGCGGGGCGGAGGAGGGCGGGGUGCGCCGCGCCUACGACAACGAGCAGGACGGCGUCUCCUACAACUACUCCUUCUUCCACCUCUGCCUCCUCCUCGCCGCCCUCUACAUCAUGAUGACCCUCACCAACUGGUACAGGCCGGAUGAGAGCUUGCAGGUGCUGAGGAGCCCCUGGACGGCCGUGUGGGUGAAGAUCUGCUCCAGCUGGGCCGGGCUCCUGCUCUACCUCUGGACCUUGGUGGCUCCGCUGGUGCUGCCGAACCGGGACUUCAGCUAAGGUGGCCCUGGACGUGCUGCUGCCACCGUGGCUUUGUCCCUCGAGGCUGGGGACAGCCCCAGCUCUGCCUCGGCCUCAGUUCUGCGUGCAGGAGCUGCUGUGCUGGGUUGUGCCUUCUUGCAGCUCUUCUGUUUUAAUUUGAAAGGGAUGAAGUGCCAAGCAGAGAAAAUUAAGGGCUGAGAGAGACCUGAGGGUGUUUUUGAAGCCCUCAUCAUCUCCGUGUUUGUGUAGUGCCUUUGGCAGUGCCUCCAGACCCUCUCCACCCAGCAGACACCUCUGCCUUGCCUUGGGAGGGUUCGGUUCUCACCAGCUCUUGGUGCCCUGGGACCGUGGUGCCUUUUGGGGUCGCUGGGGUCUGGCCGGGUCCCAGGACCCAUCCGGUGUUGUGUCCCCUGGAGGAAAACAACUCCCGGGGACAUGUGGCUGGAGGCAGAGGUCCUGCUGCAUCCCAGCCCCGAUGGUGGCCCCAGCUCCUCGGGGCUCUCCCGGCAGGAGAACAGGUCCCUGUCCUCUGCGGAGCACAGGUCAGUUCCCCACAGGCUGUGCUGGCCUGGCCCCAGCUCUUUGCACCGUUAAUAAAGUCUCGUUUGGA